AUGGCUGCUGCUAAAGUCAUUAUGAUUGUAAUAUUGUUUUUAACAAUAAAUCCUAGAACUGGACAAUCAGAUGGUUGCUACUGUCGUCGUCCGAAUCAUACUAAUCACUGUAUAAUCCCUGGUUGUAGUAAUGGUACUAAUGCUCAAUGUAAUACUGGUAAAUAUUAUGAUAACAGGUAUGCUGCUAUUGGUCUUGGUUCUACUUAUCGUGGUUGUAAUUGCCCUGGUAAUCCGUUUAAUGUUAAUUUUAAUGCUGUCUAUAAUACUGUUGUUCCGCUUCAUAUUUAUAUGUAUAACUAUACUAAUUGUACUGAGUUUGGCCUUAAUGCUCGCACUGAUGGUGGUAGCAUUCCUGCUGACGCUGUUUAUGCAAUUUCUUGUUGCAACUAUUGCUGUGGUCGUCAUGAUGCUUAUAUUUAA